AUGGAAAGAUCCAAAAACUUUCGAAUAGACGCCCUAUUGGCAGACGACACGCACCGGUCCAGUCGCGAUCUCUCACCGGGACUGAGCAAUGACAGUCCAGCGGGGAGCCCCGUGUCCUGCCGGCGUGCCGACACCCCAUCUCCGCGAGGAACACCCGCUGGUAUCCAGCUUCAGACUGGAAUUAUACCCAAACCGGGUCUACUGAAUCUGUCUCAUACCGGACUCGCCUCGUUACAGCAGGGGGCAAUACCAGGCAUGUACCCUACCCACAUGUACCCCUUAUCGGCUCUAGGGGGGCAGCACCCCGCCUUUGCCUACUCUGGAUUCACCCAGCUUGCCCAUCCAUACCCAGAGCACCUGAAAGCGGCGACGAUGGCAGGCUCUUUCCCACUGGAACACUGGAUACGUGCCGGGAUCAUGGUCCCUCGACUGCCUGACUUUGAUUGCCUCGGCUCUCUAAAGCUUUGGUCUGCACAGGCAGGGCUGAUGGGAAAGUGUCGUCGGCCGCGGACGGCCUUCACGAGCCAGCAGCUGCUGGAGCUUGAGAACCAGUUCAAGCUCAACAAGUACCUGUCACGGCCCAAACGCUUCGAGGUGGCCACCUCCCUCAUGCUCACCGAGACACAGGUGAAGAUCUGGUUCCAGAAUCGGAGGAUGAAGUGGAAGCGUAGCCGCAAGGCCAAGGAGCAGGCCGCCCAAUUGGAGGCCGAGAGGCAGCGUGGAGGAGGCGGCGCCCAGACCAAGCAGGCCAAUGAGAAAGCAGCAGGGGAGGGCCGGAGGGCGGGACUUAUGAAUCACAACGACUUGGAUGAGGACGAUGGGGAGGAGGAGGAAGAGGAAGAUGAUGAGGAAGAGGAGGAGGAGGAGGAAGAGGAUCGACGUCGUCAUCGUGGCUACACGGUCGAUAUGUCAACCACUACCAUGCCUCGGCCUGGGGACUUCAUACAGUCCGGUGUGGAGGUGGGUUACCAGUCACACAGUCCCUUCUCCGAAGACGACAUGGACGGUGUGGAUGUGCCCGACAGGAAGAUUGGAGCUGGCUUGUGA